UGGGCGAGUUUCGGCAGGCUGUACACAGUGUGUAGCCAGUGCGGAGGUGACAGCAGAGAAUGGAGACGAGGCUUCAGCGGCGAGCUGAGACCUCUGCGGCGAGAGAAGAGAACCCAUUCGACCCUUUCCCUCCGGAACCAGCGUAUUGAAAGGAAUCGGGAGGAAUUUCACUUAUCGGGGGCAGCGGAAAGGAAUGGCUGAUCCUCUGCGGAGGACUUUACUUGCGAAACUCCGUGGGAAAAAGUCCAAGAAAGGAGAGACGCUCGGCGCUGGAUUGGGCUCUCCUGCUGCUGCGAAUGUGGGCCGAGAAGGUAAAGAAAAAGUUUUGCAAAUGCAGCGUGACGCCGUCGAGGCUCACCCGGUAGUCACCCUAUCAGGGCUGGACUACUCGGCUGAGAGAAUGAGCACGUACGAGAAUUGCUUUGACGUGCCGGUGGUGCAAACCACGGGGGUUGAGUUGCUCCGGCUGAGUCCGUCAGUGGAGUUAGCCGGCUCACGUCCGCCGUUGCUCAGCAGCGGGGGCAGGGUUCGGGUUAAUGGGCAGCUCCCGGGGGUCCCACUUCAAAGAGAGGUGCCGUUUGCGGGACACGCGAUUACCGAAGCUAAUAUGAGCCACUGGGAGUCCGCGUGUGAUGACACGAUCACGAUUUCAGGAGGGCUGUCCUUUGGGGAAACGCAUGCCCAGAGGAAACACCUCAGCUCAGUCCCAUGGCAAUGCGGCGUCGGGGAUUCCAUUGGCUUCGGGGACAAUUCAAGUGAUAUUUAUUCUUAUGCGCAAUCAGGGAACGGCACUACUUCUGAUUGUGAGCCCCUGCUCCAAGGACAUUCCCAGCAUGUGCCAAGAACUGUCAUUGCUGUAGAUGCACAUAAUCCCAGCAACCAAAGUUUGGAGACAUCAAUGCGUGUGAAUCCAAUCCCCGCUCAAACAGAAAAAAACCUCUUUCGAACAAUUGAGAUCUUUGACCCCGUGUACUCAGGGGACUUCAGGGGCCCUCUGCAGAGCCCGGCCUUCUUCCCAACUGAGCUCGAAAUAUGUGACAUUAACAUGGCAUCCACGUGUGACGCAAAGGUACCGCUCAAACAUCCUUUAAACAGUGAAGAUGAUGAUUACUAUGAUAACGAAAUUCUGCCUUUCUAUGAAACUCGAGCAAAAAGUGCAAGUGAUAGAGAAGACAUGAUGCCGCUGCCCCCGAUAGGUCAGGAUGAAGGACAAGCUGAUGAUAGUCACAGUGCCCAGGAAACAGACAGGCUGAAAAACCAGCUGAAAGAGGCUUAUUAUCUCUUGAUCAAUGCUAUGAAUGACAUCAAUUUGGACCAGCAGGUAAGUGCUGGUUUAACUGAACAUCAGACCACCUCCUCCUGUAGUAGCCAAUCGAGAGAUAGCUUGUGCUCACGGUUGUCUGCCCGAAACAGGGACAGUGACUCGUGGUCCUCUGGAGGUGACCACAACCCCCAGCAGGUGUCGGACACAGAUUCCUUGCUAUUGUGUCUUGGUGGAAACAUUGAUUCAGGCCUCAAAACCCGACUAAACUGUAAGAGCAUGGACAAUCUCUCUCGGGCUAAGAUAAAACCGACUUUAGUCCGCUCUGCUAGUGACGGAGACAUCGGAUAUUCAGCUGGACCGUUGCGGUGCACAAAUCCUCUUGGAACCAAUCCAAUGGUGUGCCUUGAUGAAGUGGUUUCAGAGCUAAAACCUGACCGAGGCAGUGAGGAUGCUGAAGUUCUAAGAGUGGGCGAGCUUUUAAAAUCUCAGGUGGUUUACAACGCCGCCAGCAGUGACAAGCGUUUUCAAGUAGCCGCCGGCGGGACACUUGUUGAAAGCAGUGGUUCAGUCAACAGCCUGACUGGUUCUUCGGACAGCAACGCAGAUGGAUCGGCGCCUCUCGGACAUGAUAAUAAGCAGCAGUCAACUCAGGUGUCAGCACAGGGGCCACACUUACUGAACAAGGGCCACGGUGUCACUGUCAACAAAAUGCAACAGUGGAUGCACAAAGGUCGCCUGUUGUCGUCCGAGAUGAAGCAACGCAUAGAGGGUUCAUCCUCUGCCCGUGGUGGGAGCCAAAACCAGGAGCGUCCCUCUCCUCAGAUGUGCCCAGGGGGAACAGGGGUCCAAACAGCCAGCCGAAUGGUAAAACCUGUCAAGUCCCCUUCAAGCAAGACACCGCAGCAUUCAGCUCUCACUGAGAAUGUCCAAACGCAAGAGGCUGCCAGGGCCAGUGAGCUUUCCGCGCGGCGACCGCACCUCCACACCAUCACAGUUGCCAAGAAGCGCAACUGGCUGCAGCAGAGCACCAAUGGAAAGAACCAUUGCAAUAAGGAUGAGCUGCAGGGCAAGCUGGCAGCUGAGGAGGAGGCCAGCACACAGCUACCACCUCCGCCCAGUCCUUCUCCAGAGCAAAUGAGAAGUUCAGGGGCAACAUCAUCAUCACUGCCAGGCCACCUGCCUCUACCCAAGGUCAGUGUGUCGCCCCACCCCAGGAGUGUCGACCCAGCAGAAGAGAAUGAUGCAGACGACGAAGGCGAGAUUUGGUACAACCCAAUUCCUGAGGAUGACGAGCUCGAAGCCUCCAGACAUUCUGUCUGUCUGCUUGACUCCCCCCGAACUGAGCCUCAGAGGAGGCCCAGUAGAGGUCACAACGGGAGAACUCUGGAGACCAGCGGGCCGGAGUCGCUCGGUGAUAGCAGUUCAGGAGAUGGCAGUCAAGGAAAUGGUGUCCAUUCGACAGAGGCGCAACAUCCACACAGACAGAUCCUUGUGUCGAAACCUCCAGAGGAGGGAUGGCCUUCCACCAGCAAAUCUGGAGAUGUUCCUGACAUCUCAAAUAGUGUUGGGUUCUCCCCUCCUUCCAGCCCAAACCCUACAAAGAAGAGCAGCUCCAUCAACUGGUCAUUCCCAGAUAAGAUCAAAUCCCCGCGCACAGUCAGGAAAAUUUCCAUGAAGAUGAAGAAGCUUCCAGAACUCAGCCGGAAACUCAGCGUUAAAGGUCAAAGCAGCAGUCACAGCAAUGGCUGUGGUCAUUUGGAGCCCAGAUCCCAUUCGCUUCGAGCUACAGGUGUGGGGACUGAGAUCACGUCCCAAAGUUCAGGCCCUCAACGGUUGGCUGCAUCUGGUGUUGGGCUUGCCAGCCGAAAUGUGAUCUCACGCUACCACUUGGACAGCAGCGUGUCCACGCAACACAGCUUAAAUAAGAAGAAAAACAAUGGCAGCUCCAAAUCGGCCAGUAAAGGCGGAUACUUAAGCGAUGGUGAUUCACCAGAGCUGGUGGCUAAAUCUGGGAAGCACAAUUCUGUUGAGGGCAAGGGUGGCAGAUACAAGGAGUCAGAAGGACCGAGUGGAAGCUCAAAACUAAGUGGUACAGAUUUGGACAUAGAUGCUUUCCGCCAUUACAGUUUCACAGAGCAGCCCAAAUGCAGCCAGUACAUCUCUGGACUGAUGAGCUUGCACUUUUACGGUGCCGAGGACCUCAAACCGCCUCGCAUUGACUCUCGUGAUGUCUACUGCGCCAUCCAAGUGGACUCGGUUAAUAAAGCGCGGACGGCGCUCCUUACCUGUCGAACUGCCUUCUUGGGUAUGGACCACACCUUCAACAUCGAGCUGGAAAAUGCCCAGCAUUUGAAGCUCGUUGUGUUCAGCUGGGAGCCUACUCCGAGGCGAAAUCGUGUAUGCUGUCACGGCACAGUGGUUUUACCUGCAGUCUUUAGGGUAAUACGUUCACACCAGCUGGCAGUCAAGCUAGAACCCCGUGGGCUGAUAUAUGUCAAGUUGAACCUGAUGGAGCAGUGGCAGAACUCCUUGGAUGGAGGACCAGAUGGUAGCAGGGAGCCCCAAGUCUUUGGUGUGGAGGCGUGGCGGCUGGUGGAGAGGGAGGACACCGGACUCUCGGUGCCGCUGCUUAUAAGCAAAUGCAUCAAUGAGAUCGAGAAGCGGGGUUGCCAGGUGGUGGGGCUUUACCGACUUUGCGGUUCUGCAGCUGUAAAGAAGGAGCUACGAGAGGCGUUUGAGAGAGACAGUUACGCUGUGGAACUCUGUGAAAACACCUAUCCUGACAUCAAUGUCAUUACAGGCGUAUUAAAGGACUACCUACGAGAGCUACCCUACCCUCUGAUCACCAAGCAGCUGUACGAGGCAGUAUUGGACUCGAUGGCCACCAGACCUCUGAAGAUGGGAACAGCAGGUUGUGAGAACGACCACGCUGACUCGGAACACACAGUCAGCCUGUUGGACAACCUUCCAGAAGUGGAGAGGAUGACAUUGCGGAAGCUUCUUGACCACCUCAAGUUGGUGGCCUCCCACCAGGAAGUGAACAAGAUGACAUGUCAGAACCUGGCAGUGUGUUUUGGCCCUGUGUUGCUCAGCCAGCGUCAGGAGGCCUCCUGUCACACCAACCGAGUCUUCAUCGACUCAGAGGAACUCGCCAGUGCGCUGCACUUCAAAAAGCACAUUGAAGUCUUGCACUACUUGCUGCAGCUCUGGCCAGUUGUGGACCCUCGUAAUCAGCCAUCCUCCCCCGUAGGGCCUGACUCACUCACGGCCCCUCCCCUACGGCGGAGAAAAGAGCGUCCACAGGUGUUGAACCUCACUGAAGCGGAGAUGGCGGGUGUUCUGCGACCCAAACUUGGACGCCUGGACAGCCCGAGCAACCGCUACGCGGGCGACUGGAGCGGCUGUGGCAAGAGCUACUUCCCCUCCGAGAUGCUUCUGCUCCCUCACAACAAAGAGGAGGCCGACUACGACGAUGUGCCCUCGGAGGAUACAGACGUAGAGGAGGGCCUUGAAAAGCCUGAUGAUGCAGAAGCCGCCGUGCAGGAGGUUAUGAGCCUUUUGCCAGGUCCUGCUGAGCAGGUGCAGACUGUGUGCGAGUUGGCGGCGGCGGUGGAGGAGCAGCAGCAGCCAGACGAUAAAGACAAAGACAAUGUGUUGGCGGAGGAUGCAAAGCAUGACGAGAGCUACAGUUCCAGAAACAGGCACCGGUCGGAGGAGGAAGUGGAGGAGAAGGAAAGUAUGUGUGAGCACAUCUUGCCUCCGCGGCUGCAGAAGGAGCACGCGUACCAGGCUUACAUGAAGAUCCAUCAGGACAUCAGCCCUGUGCUGAGCAACAGGGUCAACCUGAGAGACCUUCAGGAGAGCAUCGACACACUAAUAGGGAACCUCGAAAGAGAACUCAAUAAGAACAAACUUAACGUCGGCUACUAACUCCUCCCACGAGCACAUGAGGAGAGAUCUCAACUAUUUGAGGUUCGUGACAUGACAUCAUCGUCAGAAGUGGGACAGAUCUUUAUAAAUUUAACAGGGCACUUCUUUCCCACAGACAUUCCUUCAUGCGUUUCUUGUUUUCUCACCGUGUUCUUCGUCUUGGUGUUUGCCCUUUCAGCUCCAGUUUCAUGUUCCGCCUCGUUGCUUUUCUUCUUAUGAGAAGAACCCAUUGACCCCUCAAGGGUUUAAAAGGUGCCUUAAUUGUGUGAAGGUGGUUCACCGCAUGCAAAAUCCACUCUAAAACACCCUCCAUCCCCUCUGUAUGCUACGAAGACUUGGAUGCUUUUCCACUACGUUUGCUGUACACAUUUGCAUUUCGGUGCCUGACUCCACAAAAGUAAUGUAAUAUACACAGUUGCUGACAGGAUUUUGCUCACACCUCCCGUUUUAUAAGAUGUCUUAGUUUCAAAUGAAAACACCUCUGUGCUCCCACAUUUAUUUUUCCUGGAAGGCUUAUGAAGCAACAUUUGUCAUGGGGCAUUUCCACAUCGGGGAAAGAAUUUCAAGAAGCGUCAGAACUUUCAUGAAGUAGUUCUUUCCAACCAAAAUUGGCAAUUGGGUUCUUUCAAAAAAUGUGCUGAACAAAUCAAUAAUCAGAAGAGAAAACCCUGCCUCAUCAUUUUACCCAUUGAAGACGUGUAUUAGUAAACCAAUCUUCUUGCCUGUUCCUUGAAUUGGUCAGAAAAGGAUUAUGGUUUAUGUUUGGGAAGCUUACCAGUCAUGAAGUGAUCCAUGCUUUGAAAACUGCACUUGCCUACGUAAACUAAGGGUGUCAAAAAACAUCAGUGAAUGAAAUCUCAACAACCAAAGCCACUAUACAUUCAUUUGUUAUAAAAGUAUUUCCGCCAAAUGCAUCCCUAAGUGGGUUGUACAGAAUGUAUGACACGCCAUCAUUUGUAUUAUUGCCUUUUUAAGCAAACAUCAAUGACAGGAGUGUUCUGUUCUCCAACCAAGGCUUCACUGCGAUUUACACUCCGACCUGUAUCACGCUAAUGCACUUGCAAAGCAACUUGUGGUUCUAAUUGUCAUUAUCAGUUUUCUUCACAACCGCUGCAGCGGUCGCAAUGAGAACUGAUCACAAAUAUCGUCAUGAAACAUAACGAAAAGUCACACAAACCUUGUGAGCUUCACAUCCCCAUGGGCAAAAUAUCCUUCGAAGUCUUGCUUCUUCCUUUGUUAAGUCAGUAGUUAACUCUGCUCAUGGUAUUAUCUUUGUUUCAUCAUAGUUGCACAGAGCUUACAAAGCAAUUGUCUGUGUGUUGGCGAAUGCACGUCAAUUAGUGUCGGGCAGAACGCUUUUAGGUUACAAUUGGUUCUUGCUAUUAAUGACCACUAAAUGGCAUAGAAACACUAACAGGGAAACAAACCGAAUGGGGAAAAUAUAGAGAUACGCAUUGGAUUAUAGGGCACGCUGUCGGCUUUUGAGAAAAUUUAAUGCUUUUAGGUGCGCCUUAUAGUGCGGAAAGUACGAUACGGUUGCUACAACAGAAGCAGUGUUGCUAAAAUUGUAAUCCAAAGCUAUGUUUUAUAUGACAAGUGAUCCCUCCAUGACAACUGGAGGCAGUUAUGUUAAUAGAUCUUUUUCUCAACAUGAGCUUAAUGGGAAGAUGUUCAGGUAUUUCCAAUACCAUCAUCAUCUCUGAAUUCUUAUCUUCUUAGCACACUCAUUAUUGCCUCAUGACAACAAAGUAGUAUGGCAAUGCAGCUCUUGCUUGAUCACAAAUCCCUGCAACUAAUCUCUUCAUUAAAAAAAAUAUAUAUAUCUAUCUCAGACUUUUGUCCCCCCCCCCAAAAAAAAUCAUACUAAAAUUAAAUCCUGAGAAAGUCUUAUUAUUAUUAUUAUUAAGUAUUAUUGUGCACAAUUCAGCCCAAAUGAUUUUGGUGUGACUGUGUAGAAGUCCAACAAUUGUGUCAGCAUCCAAGUCUCUGUAACAAGACGUGAUUGCGCAUCUUGAGAUAUGUAAUAUCUGAAUGGCAAACUAUUCUUUAUCGGUCGUGCUUCGUCUUCUCUCAGCUCGCUGGCAUAACGGUGAAAGAGACGCAGCUAAAUGUGAAAGAACUCCGCUGCCAAAGUAGACUAUGGAUGUUUUGUGUUAUCCAGUGAUGAAAUGAGAAUACAUGAGUCAGUAUUUAACCAAUAUGGAUUUGUAUAUAAUAAUAUAAAUGUAUUCAGAGUAUAUUAUUUGUAUGCGUGUGUUUAUUCCCAUGAUGUAUUUAAAUGCUUCUGACCUCGUAGUGUUGACUUCUAGAAGUACGGUAGUUGCUUUUCUCCCCUUCAAGCUAGCCGAACACAUUUUGAUGUGCUGGACGAAUGGUACGUGAAACUUAAGCUGUACGAUGUAUGAUCAAGCUGUUGUUAUUUUUAUUUCAUUUUUGUCAUCGUGUGUAAAUAGUUGAUAUCGUCUCCGGCGGACUGAGCUGCGUUUUUUUUUUUUUUUUAAGGUACUGAACGUUGCAUGGUCAAAAGCUUUACUGACAUAAAAUAAGGUCGUUCCUCCUCUGCCUUUGUAUUCAGUAUUUAUGUGUAAAAAUACUUUUUUUUCUAAUGUUAAGCCUAUUUGUUUGUCACCACGUUUCACAGUAGACAUGACUAUCGCUUCAGUUUUUCUCCAGAGGACCGCCCGCCCAUACAUCUACUGCCGUACAUACACAAUAGUCAUCAUGAGUUUCAGUUCAUUCAUCCUAAUUGUAAUUUCACUCACAUGACUAUCCAAAGCAACUGCUCCCGCACAUUUCUUCCUUUACGAUGACCGCAAUAAUGAAUUCUUGAUCAGAGAACGAGUGUCCUAAAUAAUUGAUGGCAAUAUGAUAUUGAUUUGCAAUAGUGGCUGCUGGCCUGAUCGUAUUCCAAGGGCAACAAACACAAAUAGAAGGCAAGUGCAACUAACCCAAACAAAACCCUCAAAAUUCAAUAUCGUUUCAGCCCGUGUAACUCCAGACUGCUUUCGGUGUUGACUUUUUUUAUUGGCAUCUGCUGGCUCCAUUCUCAAUAUAGCAUACAGUCUGGAUCACGAUGCAGUUGUAGUUUCAAAUCACCUUGUCCUCUGGAGAGAAAAUGCUACAAGAAAAGCAUCCCCGAAUGAAUUUCAUGAAUAAUAUGACUUUGCAAUCAUCCUGAGUCAUGUACGAUCAUAAUAAAGUAUAUUAUUUAA